ACGUGAUUCAAGAUGGACUACCAGAACCGCGCAGGAUCCAAGUUCGGUGGCGGUGGUGUAGCAUCACACUCCGCAACGAACGCAGACCGUCGCGAGCGUCUUCGCAAGCUCGCCCUCGAGACGAUCGACCUCGACAAGGACCCCUACUUCUUCAAGAACCAUGUCGGAAGUUUUGAAUGCCGUCUUUGCUUGACUGUCCACCAGAACGAUGGCUCAUAUCUGGCCCAUACGCAGGGCCGCAAGCACCAGACAAACCUGGCCCGACGUGCCGCGCGGGAGCAGCGCGAGGGCAAAAACCAAGAUCCGGCGAUGUUGCCCGGUGCGAUGGGUGUGCAGGUCAAGAAACAGACUAUCAAGAUUGGACGGCCCGGUUACAAGAUUACCAAGAUCAGAGAUCCCUUGACAAGGCAGCUCGGUUUGCUGUUCCAGUUACACUAUCAGGAGAUUACGCCUGGGAAGGUUGAGGAGCCGCCCGACAAGAACUUCCAGUACCUCGUUGUCGCUGCCGAGCCAUAUCAGACCUGUGGAUUCAAACUGCAGGCCAGGGAGAUCGACCGCAGAGAGGGUCGCUAUUGGACCUGGUUUGACGAGGACAGCAAGGAGUUUUGGAUUCAGAUCAUGUUCAAAACCGAGCGAGAAGAGAGAUUUAGUGGUGUUCCCGGUCUGGCACCAAUGGGACCCAGGACUUAA